GUUGUACUUUACUUCUUAGAUUGCCUGUUACCCAACUACCGAAUGGUAUUUGCCGGGUUCAUGACGCCCUGCACUGAUUAUAAGGCUACACCAACGCUUCUCCGUGACUGACAUUUACUAGUACCACUUCCCCCAUCAUGGAUCCUGCAAAGAUAAGAAAGAAAAUCGGUCGCUUUCGGAUCCUCGUCAUAGGAAGAGCCAAUGCAGGAAAAACCACUAUCCUGCAGAGAGUUUGCAACACACGGGAUAAUCCACAAAUAUACAACAGCGCCGGCAAAAAGAUCGAUGUUGCAGUUUUGACGGCAUCAAGAGAGCGCGGACUGCAUGACAUCGAAACCGAAAUGGUGUUUGAGAGCAAUCCGGGAUUCAUUUUCCAUGAUUCACGUGGUUUUGAGGCAGGCGGCGUAUCCGAAUUCGAAAAGGUCAAGACAUUCAUCACCCGCCGUUCCAAGGAAACGAACAUAAGGAAUCAACUACAUGCCAUCUGGUACUGCAUUCCCAUGGACGAGGCUAGUAGGUCAUUCACUGCAGGUGAAAAUAAAUUUUUCUCUCAAUGCGACACUGGAAUACCGGUCAUCGUAUUAUUCACAAAGUUUGACGCCCUAUACGACGUCGCAUUCACAAAGCUAAGGAAGGAAGGAAAAUCUCGGAAAGACGCUAAGGAGCUGGCCCCGGGACACGCUGAAGAGUCAUUCGCUGACGGGCCACAAUUGAAGUUUCUCAAGGAAGUCCGAUGGCCUCCAAAAUGUCACGUAUGCCUUCCUAACAUGGACAAGGAUAGUGCAGAUUGCGGGAUUCUCGUCGAACAUACGGCUGGAACUCUGGACAAUGAAGUACUUCAGCAAUUAUUCGUAUCGACACAGCAGACCAACAUGGAGAUCUGCAUGAAAUAUGGAGUUGAGAGAAUACUCUCAAAACAUAUUGACUCUGCUGAGACAACAACAUCUAAGGGUUAUGAGAGGAUAAUAAAGACAUUGGGCGCCUGGUUUCCACACAUUAUUGUAUGAGUGUGCCGAUCCUCCCUCGAGCAUGAGCCAUCCUGAUCCAAGUCGUUGCCCACCGUUCGCAGAACAACGUGAGUGUGUCGAUC